AUGUCGACCGUCGCCAGAUCUCUCCGCCCCUUUGCUUCUCGCGUUCUUUCGCAGAAGGCUCCUCUGAGCUUCAGCGUCCGCAGGGUCUCGCCCGCUCUGGGUUUCCCGCGGGGAACUAUCAGAAGCUUCUCUCAGAGCCCAUUCUUGGAAGUCAAGAAGUACACCGAGUCGCACGAAUGGAUCGAGCUGGCGGAAGACGGCAAGACAGCCAAGAUCGGAAUCACAGAGUACGCCGCUAAGUCUCUUGGUGAUGUUGUGUACGUAGAGCUCCCGGCCGCCGACCAGGAAGUCAGCGCCGGCGAGCCCGUGGGUGCCGUCGAGUCGGUCAAGUCCGCCUCGGACGUCCUCUCCCCCGUCUCUGGAAAGGUCGUGCAGGGUAACAGCAUUCUGGAGGACAAGGCCAAGUUCAUCAACGAGAGCCCCGAGGGCGAGGCUUGGAUUGCCGAGAUUGAGGUCAGCGACGCCGCCGAGUUGGAUGGUCUACUUGAUGAGGCUGCCUACAAGGAGACCAUUGAUGAAGACCACUAA